AUGAAUUUUAAUAAACAAACAAACACAAAUCAGGAUAUAGACGUAAAUAAUAUUUUAAAUAAUUUAUAUUUAUCAUAUCAGUCUAAUUCACCACAGUAUAAAUUUAAUUAUGUGUUUUAUAAUGUAGUGAAUACACCUUUUAGUAAAACGAAUGAUUUUACUAAUGAAGAAUGGGAACAAGUUUAUAUCAAUGAGAAGUUACAACCAGUAAAAUUAAACAAAGAUCAAAUUGUAGAAAGAAGAAAGAAACAGUUAGAAUUAGCUAAUAAACUAAAUGAUAGUAAAUACGGAAUAUUUGAAGAAAUAGAGAAGUUAAAAACAAAGAAAGAAACAGCUAAAACAAAACUAAUACAAGUAAUUAAUAAGUACAGGACAUUCAGUAAGAAGUAUUUAAUUGAUAAUAAUCAACCAAUAGAUAUAAUGGAUGGUCACAUUAAUAGAAAUAAGUUUUAUGUGAAUGAAAGAGAUACUUGUAUUGAAGUAAUUAACAAACUCAAAGAAAGGUUAAUUAAAUUAGAAGAACAAAUAAAUGAAGAUUUAAAAGUGGUUGAAAAAAGAAGAUUUGCAAUUCAUAAUUUAUUAGAAAAACAUUAA